GUCUGAGUUUUGAUACCCACUGGUUCGAACAACGAUGAGCGAACUCCCUCCCUAUCCGCCGCUUGAUCCUACUAACUACGAUCUCAUUGUCGUCGGCACCGGAGUUUCCGAGUCCGUCCUCUCCGCCGCCGCUUCCUCCUCCGGUAGUUCUGUUCUCCACCUCGACCCUAACCCUUUCUACGGCUCUCACUUCGCCUCCCUUUCUCUUCCCGAUCUAUCUUCUUUCCUUCGUUCAAACUCCGAUUCUCCUCCGCCGCAGACAUCAUCUUCAUCUCCAUCUCCGCCGUCAAUCAGUCAUGAUUUCCUCUCCGUCGAUCUCGUUAACCGGUCCUUGUACUCCUCCGUCGAGAUUUCGAGCUUCGAACCGGCGAUCCUCGAAGAACACUCGAGAAGAUUUAACGUUGACUUGUGCGGUCCUAGGGUUAUCUUCUGUGCCGAUGAAUCCAUUAACCUCAUGCUGAAAUCAGGAUCCAACAAUUACGUUGAGUUCAAGAGCAUCGACGCGAGCUUCGUCGGGGAUUCGAGCGGAGAGCUACGAAAUGUGCCGGAUUCUAGAGCCGCGAUAUUCAAGGACAAGAGCUUGACUCUGUUGGAGAAGAAUCAGCUGAUGAAAUUCUUCAAGCUUGUUCAGGCACACUUGGCUUCGUCAAUCGAAAGCGAUGAGACGACAGUCAGUAUAUCGGAGGAAGACAUGGAGAGUCCAUUUGUGGAAUUCUUGGCGAAGAUGCGUUUGCCACCCAAAAUCAAAUCGAUCAUCUUGUAUGCCAUUGCGAUGCUAGAUUAUGAUCAAGACAAUACGGAAACUUGUGGAGAUUUACUCAAGACCAGAGAUGGCAUAGAUCGAUUGGCUCUAUACAUUACAUCUAUGGGCAGAUUCUCUAAUGCACUUGGGGCGUUGAUAUACCCAAUUUAUGGACAAGGGGAACUCCCACAAGCCUUUUGUCGCCGGGCUGCUGUCAAAGGAUGCAUCUAUGUUCUCCGGAUGCCUAUUACUGCUCUGCUUCUUGACAAGGAAACUGGGGGUUACAAAGGAGUUAGACUAGCUUCGGGUCAAGAGAUAUUCAGCCAAAAGUUGAUUCUGGAUCCAUGUCUUACUGUGGGAUUGGAGUCACUGUCGUCAUUGACAGAUCAGCAUAAGGAAACUCUUCGUGUUCUUGUCCCAAAGGCGAUAAGCAGUAAGGCGAAAAUAGCAAGAGGGAUAUGUAUCAUUAGAGGUUCUGUGAAAGCUGAUAUAUCCAACGCUCUUGUCGUAUAUCCACCUAAAUCUUUGUUUCCUGAACAGCUAACUGCGAUUCGGGUUCUGCAGCUUGGUAGUGGUUUAGCGGUUUGUCCUGCUGACAUGCAUGUUUUAUAUCUUUCAAGUUUGUGUGACAACGAUGAUCGAGGGAAAACAGCACUGUUAUCAGCCAUGAGUACGCUCAUUAGACCGCAGCUUCCUGAGAAUCUUCAAAGCGAUUCAGUAGUUGAGAAUGACACCGCUGAAACAAAACCUGUUGUACUCUGGAGAGCACUGUACGUGCAAGAGCUGGUCAAGGGUGAAUUUGGAGGUAGUAUCAGUUCCGCGUCUAGUCCUGAUGGAAAUUUGAACUACAAUGAGAUUGUGGAAUCAGCCGUGAAGCUGUAUGAACAAUUCAUGGGGAGUGAUGAAUUGUUUAAAGAAGAGGCCUCACCAGAGAACCCAGCGGAAAUGGAAAAGAGUGGUGGUGUUGAAAUUGAAGAUUGAUCAAAGAAACCACACCUUUUUUUUUUUUAUUACGUGACGCUUUUUGUCACAACAUAUAGUUAAGUGCACCAAGGCAAGUGUAUUUUUCACGGUUGUGUCUCUUUUUUUUUUUUAUUGGUAUUCCCGUAUUUUCAUGUACAAUUAAGAUAUUGUUCAUCUUCAUUUUUUGUACUCAAUUAUAUAAGUGGUGUAAGGUACAGAAACUAACAAGUUUGUUAAAAAAAAAAAUUCACAUUAAA